AUGCCGAAAUCCUUUUUAGAUCAACUGCCAGAGGCUCUCAGCGGAAAAAUUGGCGCUGUUGUCAGGGCACUGCCGAGCUCAUUAGAAAUAUUUGAAGAAUUGUAUAACUAUGCGUUGAAUGAGAAUAAUAACGAUAGAAGGAAACAGCAUAAAAAGUCCAAACUGCGCGAAUCUUCGUCUGAGCUUAAAACUGAUCAAAUUUCAGAGGCCAACACUAUAUUCAAAUUAGAAGGUGUUUCUGUAUUGUCGCCAUUAAGGAAAAAGCUUGAUUUGGUAUUCUAUCUUUCUAACAUCGAUGGAUCUCCUGUGAUAACGUUUCUCAAAGGAGAGGAAAGGGAACUAAACAUUCACCAAUUAAACAAAAAUAUCAAGAUGGCCUCGUUCUUGCCAGUGCCAGAAAAACCUAAUCUAAUAUAUCUUUUCAUGACUUACACGUCAUGUGCGGACAACAAAUUUUCUGAACCUGUGGUGAUGACCUUGAACAAAGAAAACACGUUAAAUCAAUUUAAGAAAUUGGGGCUCCUCGACUCUAAUGUAAUGGACUUCGAAAAAUGUGUUGAGUAUAUAAGGAAACAAGCCAUUUUGACAGGUUUUAAGAUUUCAAACCCAUUUGUCAACAAUACAGCAGUAAAUGCAGAUGCAGAACAAAUAAGCUCAUUCCACCUGGAAUGUCAUAGAGGCACUAAAGAAGGGACAUUAUAUUUCUUACCAGAUCACAUAACUUUUGGGUUCAAAAAACCAAUUCUAUUAUUCGAUGCUUCAGAUAUCGAAUCCAUAACAUAUUCAUCUAUUACGAGAUUAACAUUCAAUGCUACCCUAGUCACAAAAGAUGGCGAAAAAUACGAAUUUUCGAUGAUAGACCAAACCGAAUAUGCAAAAAUUGACGAUUAUGUUAAAAGAAAACAAAUGAAGGACAAAUCUAUGUCCGAGGAACUGAAAGCCAAAUCUAAAAACAAGAGCCAACAGCUAACUGAUGGAGAAGCUGAUCAGCCAUCCAUCUUACAAGAAGCUACUCGUCAAAUGCAAGACGAAAAGAAGGCAGGAAUAUUCUCAGAUGAUGAAGAAAAUGAUCAAAAUUUCGAAGCAGAAAGUGAUCUUUCUGAUGGAAGUGGCCAAGAAUCCUCAGAUGAUGCUGAAGAUGAAGAGGAAGCAGAUGAAGAGGAAGAAGAGGAAGAGGAAGUAGAUGAAGACAAGGAGGACCGAUGUGAUCAAAAUGUUUCUUAUACGGAAGAUAACUUUGCACCUAUAACUAAUGCACUGGAUCAGGAACUUCAAUAUAAAGAACUCAAAGAACCACUAGGGCUCGAGGACAUUCCCAUUGAAAUUGACAAUGAUGAUGAUGAAGAAGAAGGAUCUGGCGUAGAGUAUGACUAA